AUGCCCGCAAUCUCCUGCCCCUACCCAAUCGCGCACCGCAAACCGCCCCCUACCGCCCCCGCCCCCCAAUCCCAUCUCCCUUCCCUCCUCAUAAGUCCCCCCGCCCUCCCCCCCCCAACGCCCCCACCUCCCAAUCAACCACCUCCCCCAAUCCCCCCCGAAUCCGAUCCCAGCCUCCCCCCUACCACCCCCACCCCGAACAAUAUCCCCGCCCCCCCGACCCCCGAGGCCAUGCCUCCCGCCCCUAUCCAUACUGGCCCCCGUAGAAUCCCCCAAAUAUCCGCCCCCGCCACCCUCCCCCACCCAGCCCCAAUCCUCCCUCGGCCCCCCACCACCCCGCCGACGCGAACUCGCGCCCAUCAGCCCUCGACCGGCCGCCCAGGCCUAGUCACGGCCUCGCCCCCACCCCCGACCCUACGACCCCCCACCGCCGAACCAACUCCCCGCCCCAAAAUUCGCCCCCCAGCCUCCACCAAUCGAUUCAGACCUCACUCCCAUCCCGGCCCCCUAGAGCCCCCCGGGCCGUACCCACCCCAGUCUCACCCUCUACACGAAUCUCCCAAUCCCACCCCACGCCCCAACCACCUCCCACCCCCCUGCAAUAUCCCCCACCCUGCCCACACACCCGUAGGCCCACUAAUCACCACCCCGUCUCAUCCCUCCCCUCGCCCCCACCCCACCCCAGCUCACAUCCCCCCUCACCGGACCCCCCCACUCCCAUCUGAAACACACUCGCUCCCCUCCUGCGAAGCGGCCGGCCUCUCGGGCCUCCAUCCCCCAUAUCCAGAAAACACCCACACGACACCCAAUCCCCCACCCAAAUCCGAUAAACCGUGCCCACCGCAUCCCGAAAUUGAUCCCACCAACCGAUCCACCCGGGCGGAGAGCUGGCCCCUCAUCGCCCAUCACAGCAUAUCCUGGCCGCGAUACCCCCCCGAGCCAAUCCCACCCUCCCCUCUCGGCCACCCAACUUCCACCCAACACGGGCCCAUCCCUCGCCCUCAUCGCCGCACAUCUCCCCACCCACCCCGGACCCCAACAAACACUCCAUCAUUAGCCCCCCCCCCCUCUUGCUUGCCCCACCUCUCCGACAGCCCGCCUGCCCCCUCCUCCCGCCCAACCCCCCUGGCACGCGAACCCUGCGAGUCCCAAUAUCAUCCCACCGCCUCCCCGGCGCAUCCCACCUUUCCGCUCAACCCUCCUCAAAUCCCGCAAUCCCGCACCAACGCCCUCCAUCCCCGCCCAUGCAAUCCUCCCUACUCCAACCCACCGGCCCCACCCCCCCGGCCGGCCCACCCCAUGGCACCCCCCCCACGCAAUCCGCCACUCCCCCCCCGCCCUCCCCCGGACACAAUCCACCUCCGCCCCCGACUGCACCAACCACCCCUCCCCCUACCCCUCGCACCUCAUGUACUCCCCCCGCGCCCGCCCCCCCCCGCGCCCACCCCCUCGCCCCGAACCACACCCCGGACCCCCGUGCCCACCCACGGCCCGUUCCCCACUACCCAUUCGGCCCCACUCCCCCCCGCCGCCGCACCCCCCACCCCCCCCAAAUCCCCAGGGCCUCCAUCGCCCUGCUCCCCAAAUCAACCCAUCCACACCAGCGGCGCGCCCGCACUCCCCACCCACCUCACAUCGUGCCUAGAGCGUGCUACAGCGAUACACCAAGAGAGACUAGGAUUGUUACAGACUGGAGCCGAACCCAGCAACCGCUGCCGGCUCGGCCCCGUACCCCACCGCCCGCGCGAACCCGCCAAUUCCAUCCACCCCGCCGCCGCCUCAGCAAGCAGAGGCCGCCCCGGAAAUAUCCCACACUCCGAUUCCAUUCGAGACCCCCUAGUUCCCCCAUUCAAUCAACACAGCGCCGCCACCCGGCCUCCCCCCAAGCCCACCGCCGAAUCUCACACCCUCGGCCAGCCCCCCCACCCAAUCCCGUAUACCCGGCGCACUCCGCCGUCCCCCCGCCUCCCCUCUCCCCCCCCCCCCCGCCCCGCUCCCCACCUCUCCCAUCCCAACCCGACGUCCUCCGCACCCCCGCCCCCCCCGCCCACCGCCCCCGCCAUCCCCGCCAACGACACCUCCCCAUGCGCCUUUCUUUUCACCCCUGGGAUGCCCCCAGUGCCUCACCUGUGGCACCCCACGUCGCCAUCCCCUGCACUGCCCCAGAUUGCCCUCCCCAUGCCCCCCAGGUAA